AUGUUGAAGGACGUGGAUAACAGUGCCCUUCUCGCGGAGAUCGCGCAGUUGAAGCAACUCCUGACGGAGAAGGAGGCGCUGGUCGCCUCCACCGGUGACGCGGGCUCCGUCGCGAAGAAGUCCAAGAAGAAAAGUCAACAGAACAUGGUGGAGACAGAGCCCGUGCAGGGGUGCCGCGACUUUCCGCCCGAGGCGAUGCGUAGCCGCAACUACCUGUUUGAUGUUUUCCGCGCCACCGCGAAGAGGUUCGGGUUUGAGGAGUACGACGCACCGGUGCUGGAGUCCGAGGAGCUGUACAUUCGCAAGGCCGGCGAAGAAAUUACCGGGCAAAUGUUCAACUUCAUUACAAAGGGCGGUCACCGGGUGACGCUGCGGCCGGAGAUGACGCCAUCGUUGGCACGUCUGUUGCUUGGAAAGGGGCGCUCACUGCUUUUGCCGGCGAAGUGGUACUCCAUUCCACAGUGUUGGCGCUACGAGGCCAUCACACGCGGCCGCCGUCGUGAACACUAUCAGUGGAACAUGGAUAUCGUCGGUGUGAAGUCGGUGGCGGCGGAGGUGGAGUUGGUCUCUGCAGCGUGUUCCGCCAUGCAGAGUCUGGGUCUGUCCUCUAAGGAUGUUGGAAUAAAGGUUAACUCGCGCAGGGUGCUGCAAACGGUGCUGGAACGGGCCGGCGUGACACCUGACAAGUUCGCUCCGGCGUGCGUUAUUGUUGACAAGAUGGAGAAAAUUCCCCGGGAGGAGGCAGAGGCGCAGCUAGUCGAGCUAGGACUUGAACCCGAUGUAGUGGAUGCCAUCACCACGACGCUCAGCCUGAAGUCUGUUGACGAGAUUGCGCAGCGCAUCGGUGCGGAGCAUGAGGCUGUGAAGGAGCUGAGACAGUUUUUCGAGCAAAUGGAGGCCUACGGCUACGGCGACUGGGUUCUCUUCGACGCGAGCGUGGUGCGUGGGCUGGCAUACUACACAGGCAUCGUCUUUGAGGGCUUUGAUCGUGAGGGGAAGUUUCGUGCCCUUUGCGGCGGUGGGCGGUACGACAACUUGUUGACAACCUACGGCAGCCCUACAGCGAUCCCCUGCGCCGGGUUCGGUUUUGGUGACUGCGUCAUUGCGGAGCUUCUGCAGGAGAAGCUGUUGCUGCCAGAUGUGCCACACGUUGUGGAUGACGUUGUUAUCCCGUUUGAUGAGUCCAUGCGGCCGCACGCGCUUGCGGUGCUUCGCCGGCUGCGCGACGCCGGCCGCAGCGCUGACAUCAUUCUCGACAAAAAGAAGGUAGUGCAGGCCUUUAACUACGCCGACCGCGUCGGGGCGGUGCGGGCGGUGCUGGUGGCGCCCGACGAGUGGGCACGCGGGGAGGUGCAGGUGAAGAUGCUGCGCCAGGGCGCUGGGAAGGAGGGGGGCACCAUGGAGCGCGGUGUUGCCGUGCCCCUGGACAGCCUUGUGUGA